GUCUCGGGGUGUCACAGCAGGGGCUUCGGACCUAAAUGCUUCUGCCAGGAGCUGGAGCCGAGACACACACACACACACAGCCCGACCCCUCUUUGUUCCCGGCUCGAAUUUCUGCCUGGCUCGGUCGCUCGCUCUCUCGACGCUCUCCAAGCCUCCGCCGGGCUGGUCUGUCAAAGCAAAGAGCUGCACCCCUCGGGUUCGCCCGGCCGAGGGGAGGGGGACGCCCGGAGCUUGGCUGCGUGCGGGGCUCCGGGCGCGUCCCGACGGCUCCUCGGCCCGAGAGCGCGCAGCCCCGAUCCCUCCUCCGCGCCCUACCCCGCAGGCCUCUUUGUGUGACUAAAUUUGGCAAGAAUAUGGAUCUGAGCCAGUCUUUCCACGUGUGCUCCCAGCUCCCAGCUGAGAAGGCCAAGGGUUCUCUUCCGGAUGCAGCCAUUUUGAAAUUUAUUCUUGGAGGAAAGAGGAACAUGGAUCACAGCACUGAGGGUUCUUACCUAUGUGUGGGAGUGGAGGGCAGUGAGGAAGCCCUGAAAACACUCAAGGAAAACCCGGGCCGUCUGUUGAAGAAAAUAAACUCUCUGAAGGGGGAGGCAUGGCUGAAGGAUUUUCUUAUUUUUAUAAAUCUGUUUUCUCAGUGGCUGUGGUAAUGGAGGUGUUUCUUAGAUGAUGGUAAGUGCACCUCCUAAGAUGGAUGGCCUCUGUAAUCUCAGGCUUCCUGGGCUGUAGGAGCAGGGCCCUGGGCUCUGUCAGCAUUGGGCCAGUGCCUAAUCCCUGGUUUGAGGCCAGAAGCCAAAGCCACAACCUUCUUGCCUGAAGGCAAGAGCACUACCAACAGAGCCAUAUGGAGAUUAAUGCAGAACAAGGUCAUUAGUCUCCUUGUUGAUCUAGUUACUCACAGCACAGAUUUGUGUAAAUUUCAACUGCAGUGGUCACAGCCUGCCUUUGAUGUGUGUAAUCUGUACAUUUUAGUGCUGGGGAAAGUGCCUGACUGACAGGAACUACAGCCAAUGCCCAGAAAGCACGUCUGCACAGGCACAGUGAAGCACAGAGUUGAACAAUUUUCCAGUGAAUUCCAUCAAAGUAAA